AUGAAGAUUCAGAAUCAGAACAAAGAAGAGAUUGAAUACAUGGUUUUUUGUUUGGAAGAGACAAUUGGAGAUGAUGACUAUACAGGAGUAUACACAAUGCCAAAAACUCCAGUUAACCAGCUUUUCUUAAAACCUUGUGUAUACAAUACAAGUGUUUCGCUAACAAGACAAUGUGUUUGGAAUCUUGACUUUGCUAUACCUGAGUGGCAACCUGACACUCUGUUAUUUUUAAAUUUUUGUCCUUUAAAGCCUAAUACAACGUGGCAAUCACAGCAAAUUUUUGUUUUGGAAAAUGUGACAAAUGGUAUCUUAUCGGCUGUAGACAAUUUAUUAAGUUUGAAUAGAGACUUAAUCAAACAAGCUAACCAAAAGUUAAAUUUAUCAACAGUGUUCUUAUCUCAGCUUGAUAUUUUGGCCGAUCAGCAAACCUCAAAUAUUACAAAAGCAAUGAAAAAUAUUGGUUUUACAUCAUAUAAUUCUUUAAUAAAUAGUAAACCUAUAUAUAUUUUUUCUCUUGAAAUGAAAGAUAAUAUCAGUGUAAAAAUAUCAAGCGAUGAUCCUAGAAAUAAAUAUAAAAAUAUAAAAGAUUACAUAAUUCUUCCUUCACAACUUUUCAGUGAAAAAAGUCAAACCAAAGUUUAUUCUUUUAUAUUUCGAGACAAAACGUUUUUUGAAGAAAAGAACAAAAUUAUAGAUAGUGUGAUUGUUUCUGCAACCAUAAGUGAUGUUUAUGUGAAAAACUCCAGCAAUCCAAUAAAAAUGAAGUUUUCUAGUCAGAAAAGUAUUUUUGGCUUCAGAACCUGUCACUUCUACAAUAUUAAAAAACAAAUUUGGUCAUCUGAGGGAUGUAAUACUAUUAACUCAUUAUCAUCAGAAAUAUAUUGUCAAUGUAAUCACCUCACAAAUUUUGCACUGAUAUUAGAUGUUUAUCAAUCUGGAAAUAAUCCUGUUAUUGUUAGCAUUAUUUCUCGGAUUGGCUGUUUAAUUUCAAUUGCUGGAUUAUUUAUUACAAUUGUAUACCAUGCAGCUAUUCCAAAACUACGAGAGAAACGUGCUCCUAAAAUACUUAUAAUUCUAUGUAUAAAUCUGAUGUCUACGCUUAUUUUAUUUGUUGCUUUUGUGGAACGGACCAACUCUCCCGUUUUGUGCAAGAUUGUAGCUUCAAUGUUGCAGUUUUUUAUUUUGUCAACAUUUUUCUGGAUGGCAGUUGAAGGUUUCAAUUUAUAUAAAAUGUUCGUAAAAGUAUUUAACAAUUCAACUAAGUCACGCAAUUUUUUAUUGAAGUCAUCUUUAUUUGCAUGGGGCAUACCUCUAAUAAUUACUAUAGCAACUGCUGCUAGCAAAAACUAUUACAUUAAAACUCAAACUAAAAAUAAUCCCAACAUAUGCAUGCAUCAUGGCAUUACAUUUUAUAUUGGGAUACUUAUACCUGUUGGUGCGGUAAUGACUGGCAAUAUUUUAGUUCUAACGAUUGUUCUCAGAAGCAUUAUUAGGAAAUCUGUUCUACAUAGCAAGUGCGACUGUAAAAAAAAUGUUCGAAGUGCAUUUGUUUGCUCUUUAUUACUUGGUACAACUUGGGUAUUUGCAGUGUUAGCUUAUGGAGAUGCGCGAGAUGUAUUUCAAUGGUUAUUUUGUAUUUUCAACUCGAUGCAAGGCUUUUUUAUUUUUAUUGUCUACACUUUUCAAAAUAAGCAGGUCAAAGACCAUUGGAUGUCAUUCAUACGUGAAAAAUGGAGUUUGACAAAAAAAGAUUCUGAUUUUUCCCAGAAACAAAGUUUUACCAUUCCAUUCGAAAUGAGGAAGAGUUUAAGUGAAGAAGUCAAUUGAAGUGUUUUUUCUUUUUCUCAUUUUUUGUGAAAAAUUUUUUAUUAUAUUUUUUAAAAGCCGAUUGUUAUAAUUGUAAUGUAAUUUUCGUUAGGUUUUGAAAACUUGUUUGAUAAAAGAUAUACAAGAAACCAAACAAAUUUCCUAGUACUAGAUUUUUUCAAGUUUUAAAAAUUAA